UUAUUAGCUGGGAGUGGUGGAGAAAAGCCAAGCAGGAAGAGGCAGUAAUAAGAAACAUUUUUAACUUCUCCCACAUCCAGAUCUUGCCAAACUGCUGCUUUCGGGCGAGAGGCUAAGAGAGGGGCUGGAAAUAAGAUCUCAUCUUCUAUUCCCCCCCCCCCAUAAGACACACCCUCCCUCUUGUGCCUGCUUUUCAACACACUACCUCCCUGAGACAAACUUUAGCCAGGCUGAGCUUUGGGCUGAAUCAGGGGGAAAUCUUCUUUUUCAGUUGGGAAAAAAUGUGAAACGGAGAGGAUGAUCCGAAAGGAGGUCUGGGACCCCCUCUCAGGUUAGGUGCAAUCAGAGAAAAACUGGGAUUUGCCCAGGGCAGAGAAAUUAAACACACCUUUCCAAAAGGCACUUCAGGUUUUGAUACUGGAGGAAAACCUCACAUCGGAGGAAGACUUCAUCACAGCCUGCCAGAAGCAGGAAAGCAGCAGGAUACAGGACGUAGUCCAGCUCUGCUCCCCUCCCAGUUCAAAAUCUUCCGGAGUCUAGACUGAGGAACCAUCCCCAGACUUUUUAGUCCUGACAUUUCUGAAAAUGGAUUUUCCUGUGGAAGGUCUUUCAUCCUCUGUUUUCUAGAGAUUGUGUUCAGCGACCAUCUUCUCGUAUCCCUCUGAAAAAUCCAUAGGCCUGAAUCUGUGUUGAUCCCAUAAACUGACAUUCAAGAGGUGUGUUUCUUCUGAAUCUAGGAAUUGUUCAAGCAGCAUUUAAUCACUGGAAAAGAGGGGGAUGAAAAGAAAAUGCUUUCUCAAGAAGCUACCGCUGGCCUUUUUUCAAUAAUUCUGUGUCUUGCAGGAAACAGCGCACUCACAGCUGGUCAGCCAAACUGCGUCUGUAUGCAAUCGGUAUGUUCAGAAAAUUUCACAUGCUCAGGAGAUUGGUGUUUUGUAAGCAAACACUUGGAGAAUGGGAAAAUGGUCGAUAAAAAGGGCUGCCUGAAGGAAGCAAAUGAGUUUUGCUGGGGCUCUAUCACAAAAACCUACGGCAUAAAAUGCUGCCAGGGCAACAUGUGUAAUUUCAAUCUUUCCAUCUGGCUAAUAGAUGAAGGUCUGCUUGAAGAGGGCCCAUCUUUGAAGAACCUUCUCCUGAUGGUCCUGGUUCCAUUGUUUGCUAUUUUGAUUCUCAUUAUAUUAGUUGGUCUCUUUGUCUGGAAGUGGGCCCAAAGCCGGCAGAGACAUAUGCCAUUUGGGUCUAAUGAACUGGGCGAUGUGGAUUUUAUGCUGAAGAACUCUCUGGCUGGGGACAGCACCCUAGAAGUCUUGCUGAAUGAUGACUGCACUACUGGAAGCGGUUCUGGGCUGCCCUUUCUGGUCCAAAGAACUGUGGCUCGGCAGAUCACCUUGGUUGAAUGCGUUGGCAAAGGACGCUAUGGGGAAGUGUGGCGUGGUACUUGGCAUGGGGAGAACGUGGCGGUCAAGAUUUUCUCUUCCCGUGAUGAGCAGUCAUGGUUCCGUGAGACUGAGAUUUACAACACGGUGCUGCUAAGGCACGACAACAUCUUAGGAUUCAUUGCGUCAGACAUGACAUCGCGGAAUUCGAGCACUCAACUCUGGCUAAUCACCCACUAUCAUGAGCAUGGCUCCCUCUAUGAUUACUUGCAAUGCACAGUGCUAGACAUGGAAACCUGCUUGCGUCUGGCCACCUCGAUCAUCUGUGGGCUCGUUCACCUGCAUGUGGAGAUCUUUGGCACCCAGGGCAAGCCAGCCAUUGCUCAUCGGGAUCUGAAAAGCAGGAAUAUCUUGGUCAAGAACAAUAAGCAGUGCUGCAUUGCUGAUUUAGGAUUGGCAGUCAUGCAUUCCCAGAGCAAUGAUUACUUGGAUAUUGGGAACAACCCACGGGUGGGCACCAAACGCUAUAUGGCACCUGAAGUUUUGGAUGAACAGAUUCGUAUGGACUGUUUUGAAUCCUUCAAGCGGACAGAUAUCUGGGCUUAUGGUCUGGUCCUGUGGGAGAUAGCCCGAAGAACUAUUGUGAAUGGGAUUAUUGAAGAUUAUAAACCUCCUUUCUUUGACUUGGUCCCAGUCGACCCCAGCUUUGAAGACAUGAAAAAAGUGGUUUGCAUUGACCAGCAGACACCCACCAUUCCAAACCGGAUGUUCUCUGACCCGGCUUUAUCUUCGCUAGCCAAGAUCAUGAAAGAAUGCUGGUUCCAGAGUCCCUCAGCAAGACUCACAGCUCUGAGGAUUAAAAAGACCCUGAAAAAACUCAGCAACUCCUUCCACAAACCCAAACACUCUCCUAACUUCUAGGAGCAGAGAUUGGAUUUCUGGCUCCUUGGCUCAAAGGAAGUUCAAGGUCACCCCUUCCAAGUUUCCUGCUGGUCCUGGCCUCUGUCUGUGGCUUCAACAGACCUCCUUUGAAGCUUGACCAAGAGGAUUUGGACUAGAGCUCUAUAGCUCAAACUGACGCUCUGCAGGAAGUUUCACAGAACAGAUGACAGCUUCUGGAAUCCUUAAUUUGUUCCUCUAGCAACAAAAGGAAGGAGGGGCCUACCCACUUCUUGCAGAAUGUACAUUAAUAUAAAUACUCCCUGGAUCUGUAACCUGACGCCAGCUCGUCUCGCCACCAAAUCCUGAAAAAUGGGAGGGAUCCCAUUUGCAAAGAACACAGCUGCUAUGCCCAAAGGGGAGGCUGCCUUUGAAACGCCAGUUAAAGAUCAUUUGCAAAGGUAGUGUUUAGAUUGAACCUAUAAAAUCUAGUUCGUGCCUCUAGCUGUGUGUGCAUGUAUGUGCAUGCAUGUGUAUAGAGGUGUCAUUUCAAAAGCGUCUACAAUGGUUUAAAGGGAUAAGCACAACUAUGCAAGCCUUUGUACCAGAUCAAUCUGAGACCGCUAUGGAGAUACAACAGUUUUUUUCUAUCUGUAUGUGAACAUGGAAAGCUGUCUCGAUGGUCAGCGUGAUAUUGCUUUGCUUGUAUGUAGUCAUGAUUUUUUUUUUGUAUAUAAGCUGGAAUUUAGUAGCACAAGGCUCCAAAAGGGCUUUCCGUCCUGUAACUGGUCUUAGAACCAGCCCUGACUAGCCCUGUCAUAUAACCCCUGAACAUGGUCAGUAGAAACAGGGUAUAGCAACCAUGCUGAACGGAGCUGGCUUUGCUUUCUGUGGAUGGAAGACAACUAUUGGUAGUGAACACACACAUACACGCACACACACACAUACACAGAGUCAGGGAAUUGCACAGCAGAUGUCCAAAUGAAGUCAGAGACGCUGAUAUGAAUUUGUAGUUUUAUAUAAAUAAAUAUAUUUUACAUCUAUAUUUGCAGCAAACAAGAUAGUCAGACUAACAGGAGCAUCAUGAAGUAAAUCACAGAGCAUACAGGAUACAUGGAAGAAAAAGGCGGGAAAACAAGGAAACGCCCCCUUUACAUCCACAGUAGCCAAUCACAGCACAGAUUGCCUCACACAGGAGCCAGUGCUCUCCAACCAAUCUACCAUAACUGUGUUUUCUGGCUCAUUGCACAACCCCACGGCUCUAGCUAUUAAAUUUAAAUAUCUUUAGCACACAUACAUAAGAUGCAAUUUUUUUCUGCAUUUGAGCCCAGCAAGAAUUAAGCAUCACCAACACCAUUGUUCAGCCACUCCAGUUUUUUCGUAGGAGCCCUCAAAGGUUUUAGGCAAUUUGGAACCAAGGUGGAUGUCCAACAUUUGGAUUUGCAUAUGACUACAUCAAUUGAAUUUUGAGAAAUUUCAGUCUGCAGAUGCAAUAAAAGGCAAAAGUCUAACCAAAUAAAAUGAUGGGAACUUCAUCAUUUUAAGAUGGCGGUGAGAGGAAUGCACCCUAUGUAAAAUAUAAGCUGAGUCAAACAUAACUCUUUCCACCUGAUGUUACUAUACUGCAUGGAUGAGUUGCAAUAGCUGUAAGCUUCACAAACCCUGUGCACAAACGGAGUCCAAUAGUUCCACUAAAACUGAGAUGAGCAGAUUCCUUCUUGACAUGCUGGAUACAUCUACAAGUGAACAAAUUGCAAAGGCCAAGGCCCGUCCUUGUAAAAUUACUAUUUUGAAUAAAAGGGUAGAAGGUGGAAAAAGUUUUCAACCUUUUAAUCAGGCCUACGACUGAACUUCUUGAAUAGCCUAUUAUAAGAAAAGACAAAACAUCAACAGGAAAGCAAUGGGGAAGGCCUGUUCAUUCAACAAUUGUGCUAACAUCUCCAAGCAGUUAGCUUUCUAUGCCAUAGAAAUGUAUAUCAGCAUAUAAUAUAUGCAGGAUAGCUGAGUAGAACCGAGUGAAAAACAUAUAACCUCAUUUCAUCAAAAGCCUCAAAAUUGCUUUGAGAUCAUUACUAAUUUGCACAGAAAUUACUUUUGUAUUCAUUAAACAUGCUCGGGGGUGGAGGUGGGGAUCAGCAGCCUUUGCUUGUUGUUUGCAAAAAACGUUCCAAAAUAACUGGCUCCAGACAAAGAUUCUGUAAUGGGGAAAAGGAUGAGAAGCACAAAUUAACAAAAGAGGACAAAGAGUUUCAGGGGGGAAAACAACACAGUUU